CUCACCCCUCGCAGAUAAACAAUUUUUUUGAUCUCAACAGACUCAGAAGAAAACAAGGCAGCGACAUCUUCACCGUACUGGAGAAACAUCAACUUUGUAAACAAUCCUACUGCCAUCUGCAGAGCUCAGUCAGAAACAACCAAUCAGAGCCAGGAGGAGGAUCUCUGUACUGUUCGUCUUUACGCUCUGCUUACUGGAGCAGUGUACAGGCUGUAAACGAGACUUGGAGAAUGAUUGGGAAGAUUCUUUCUCAUUUGCUUGGGAAUGCUGGAGAGGAGUCUGAAGCAGUAGGUGGCGCCAACGAGGAGCUCCUGGAGUUUGAAGAGGGGGAAUGGGUCAUUGUUAACGUCCCAGAGAGCGGACCCCUGCCAGUCCCUGAUGCGGACCCUCUGGAGAACCUGCUGAUAGAGCAUCCCAGCAUGUCUGUUUACCAGAUAAGAUGCAGGAUGGAGGGAGCAGAGGAGGAGGAUGAGCUAGUCUCAGAUGACGAUGAAGAGGAAACCUCUAGGCCGCUGGCUGUGAGGCGGCACAUCUCCUGGCACCUGGCAGCCUGGGGGAAUCCCCAGCCAUGUGGCCUCCAGCUGCUGGCCAUGCAGAGAGCCAGGAGCCAGGCCCAGAGAAAGAAACUGAGUCGCAGCGCCCUCCACAGGCACAACAUGACUAAGACACAGUUCUCACCAAAGAACAAAGGAUAUGGCAACAUAAGGCGUCCUUCCCAGCGUCUUUACAACUUCUGACCUGCAGGAAUCAACCUAGACAGGAUGCAUGAGAACUGGCCCUGACCUCCAAUCAUUACUCAGGUUCUCUGUCAUUACUCCACCUUGAUCCUCUCUGCAUAUGCUUCAUAACUGCAUAGGAAGACAUUUAAAGUCCUCUGCCUCAAAGAUGAAGCCAUGAGAGUUUGCUGUCGGGAGCUGUGCACUGCUGCCAUCAUGUCUAUUAACCAGUGACCUCAGCCUCAACACGUUACUUUUUCAUAAAGUUUUACAAAUGUCAAUUGUCUUGAUUAUGACAAUUGCAUGAGAACCAGUGUGUGAUGUGUGUGUUUGAAAAGUAAUUUGUAUAAUUAACAAUUGGAACUUGUGACAAUGUUCCAAACAUGAAAAGGUGAAAUCUGUAGAAAGUUUGUUUAGAAAUGAAACAUUUAAGAUUUAUUAUGCAUUGCAGUGGCUUGUUCUUUUAUAGUGUGUUGGUUUUCUAAGUGUAUUGACCUGUACAGUAUUCAUGUAAAGAAAAACAACAUAAAAAUGAAUAAAUGUUUUUAUACUUUUUA